CGACACGCCGCUGUCGUCACAGUCAUGUGCUGCAGCACAACAAUAACACGGAAGUGGUGGUAAAGACCUGAGAACACUCUCACCGUCUGUUCCUGGUAGGGGCUCAAAUAUGAGGUUUUUAGACCUCGCCGUGUUCGUGUUUUGUUGCGGUUACUCCAGCGGAGUGGCCGGCGACAGCACGCCGCUUCAGACGUUUGUAAUCCCCCACAGUCACAUGGACGUAGGCUGGGUCUACACUGUGCAGGAGAGCAUGCACGCGUAUGCAGCCAACGUCUACAGCAGUGUGACGGAGGAGCUGUCGAAGGCCGGAGACAGGCGGUUCAUCGCCGUGGAGCAGGAGUUCUUCCGCCUGUGGUGGGACACCGUCGCCACGGCCUCGCAAAAGAAACAAGUCCAGCAGCUUGUAAAAGAAGGGCGACUCGAGUUCAUCAUUGGGGGCCAAGUGAUGCACGAUGAGGCCGUGACUGAUCUAGAUGAUCAAAUAUUGCAGAUGACAGAAGGUCACGGUUUCCUCUAUGAGACUUUUGGGGUGCGUCCUCGGUUCUCCUGGCACGUGGAUCCGUUCGGGGCCUCCGCUGCGACACCGGUCCUCUUUGCCCUCGCAGGUUUCAACGCUCACCUCAUUUCCCGCAUUGACUAUGACCUCAAAGACGCCAUGCAGAGGGACAAGAAACUACAGUUUGUCUGGCGAGGUUCUCCAUCUUUGAAAGCCCGGCAGGAGAUCUUCACUCACACCAUGGACCAGUUUAGCUAUUGCACUCCAUCCUAUCUGCCUUUCUCCAAUCGCUCAGGUUUCUAUUGGAACGGCGUUGCCUUGUUCCCAGACCCACCUAAAGAUGGAGUCUACCCCAACAUGAGCCUGCCCGUCACCAAAGAGACGGUGCACGCCUACGCCCAAACCAUGGUGGACAACAUCAAGCAGAGAGCUGCGUGGUUCAGGACCAAGCACGUGCUCUGGCCGUGGGGAUGUGAUAAACAGUUCUACAACUCGUCAGUGCAGUUCAACAACAUGGAUCCUUUAAUGAAGUACAUCAACCAGAACAGCAAGGAGCUGGGGGUGACUGUUCAGUAUGCUACUCUAAGCGAAUACUUCCAAGCCGUCCACCAGUCAAAUCUGACCUGGGACGUUCGUGGGAGUGAAGAUUUUCUCCCAUACUCCACUGAACCCUACCAGGCAUGGACGGGGUUUUACGCCUCCAGAAAUGUUCUGAAAGGAGCAGCUCGACGGGCCAGUUCCCGGCUGCACGCGGCCGAGACUUUGUUCACCCGCUACCGAAUCUGCUUCCCCGACGGCCCGGUGGCUAAAGACUGGGCCCUGGAGAAGCUGAGGGCACUUCGCUGGGCUGUCUCUGAGGUGCAGCACCACGACGGCAUCACCGGCACAGAGUCUCCCAAGGUGGCAGACAUGUACAUGCAGCAUCUGAUGCAGGCCAUGAUGGGAGUGGAGGAGCUUCUGGCCGCGCUCUUCCUGCUGCCUCACGGCCGAAAUGGGCCCGUCCUCAGCAACCAGUACCCCAGAAAAGGCGUUACUCAGGCUCUGGAGCAGCACAUCAUCGUUUACAACCCUUUGGCGUGGAACAUCACCACCAUGGUCAAUGUGACAGCUACAUUCCCGAAUGCGGCCGUCUACGAUGAUGAUGGGCGACCAGUACCUGCACAGAUCCAGAGGUCUGCUCAGUCCAAUGUGACCUACGACCUUUUCAUAGUGGUGGAACUCGGAGGCCUUCAGCAUAGGAAGUACUUGAUUAAGUACUCAGAGAAGCCUUGUUCUGGGAGGUCCAGGUGCGGGCGGACCUAUGCAGCUAAAGGGGUUUGGUUUGAGAGACGUAACAUCCGGGCCUGGAGGAAAACCGGGAGGAGGCUGCUGCCGGUUCUGAGUGAAUGCUACAAGCUCAUGUUUGACCAGGACACCAAUCUGCUGCACAGCAUCACCAAUCUUCAGGACAAAAGAACAGUCAUGAUGACUCAGGACUUCUGGCAGUACAAUGCAAACGGAGACGUGGGAGCAGGGCCCAUCUCAGAUAACUACAUCUUCAGUGCCAGAGGCUCGGCUGUGCGGGCCUAUAAGGCUGUAGAAAUGGAAAUUAUUCCAGGGAAGAUUGUGUCUGAGAUCAGGCAAUACUUCUACAGAGAGGAAGCUGACAAAGACUACGCCUACUCAAUCAUCACCCGCGUGCCAGAAUGCUUCGGGACCAAGCCUCGCUGUCUCAGGCUGGAGCAGAGCUACUCGCUGGGACCCCUCUGUGUCAACACGGAGGUGGUCCUGAGAACCAGCUCCUCCUUGAAGAACAACCAGACCCUCUACACCGACGACAAUGGCUACCAGAUGAUGAAGAGGCCAUACAGGACAUUCACCUAUAACACUUUAGCACGAAACUACUUCCCCAUGGUUCGGGCUGCUUACAUUGAGGACGAUGUGAGCAGGCUGGUGCUCGUCAGCGACAGAGCGCACGGCGUGUCCAGCCAAUCCAACGGACAACUAGAGGUCAUGCUCCACCGGCGUCUUUGGAACAACCUGUCCUGGAACCUCGGCUACAACCUGACCCUCAACGACAGCUCCGUCGCGAGGCCCACCCUGUGGAUGAUGCUGGGCCCCGUCACCUCCACGCUCCAUCAGAGGGAGGCGGUAGAGCUGCAGCACAGGCCUGUCGUUAUGCCCAUAGACCAGCCCCAGAAGCUCCGGCGGAAGACAGGGGGGGGGCAGAGCAGUUCAGUGGUUCUACCGCCCAACCUCCACCUGCUCAGCCUCACCAUCCCUGGAUGGAACUACAGCGCUAAUCACAGAGUUCACCUCAGCCGCGUACACUCAGAUAAGGUUGAGGAGUCUCAGACCAAUUAUGACCGGGUCCUGCUGAGAAUCAUGCAUCUCUAUGAGGAAGGAGAAGACCCAGAACUUUCAAAGCCUGUUACUAUCAACUUAAAGGACGUUCUGCAGGGCAUAGGGGACGUUAAAGCGUUGGAGGAGCGUUCUCUCACAGGAACCUGGGAUGUGUCCAGUCUGCAGAGGUGGACAUGGAGGACUGCCGAUAACUUGGAAUCAGAAAACAAAACCUGUUGGGAAUGUGCAGAUUUUACAGUGACCAUCUCACCCAAGGAGAUCAGGACCUUCUUCGUUCACUUCAGCUCCAGCAACUUUAAGAUUGAUCUGUCUUGUCUUCUGUGAAGAUGGCCAAUCUUUGGAUCUGACCUGACAAUGGUUUUAAGGAUCUGCACGGCUGCCAAUUAAUGCUCUCUUUGCACAUGUUGAUGCUGUGUGAAAAAACUGUGUGAUUCUUUGUUUAUUUUUCCAUAAUAAAUGAGUUUUUGUGA